CGUUUAUGUUUCAUUUUCAAAAAUUUGGCGGAAACUUUUAUCAAUCUACCAAUGUAUUUUUCUUCAACCAAAUGAGUUUAAUAAAAAUGAAUGUUCAAAAUUAUUGAUGCCGACGUAAUUGUCAUUGGAGCUGGUUUAUCGGGCUUAACAGCGGCUUACCAGCUGCUUGAGAAAGAACAAUGCUUGAGAGUUAUGGUUCUUGAAUCUUCUAAAAGAAUGGGCGGAAGACUAUUUCAGGUCCCUUUAUCAGUCAGGGAUGGAAAAUCCUUGAUGUGUUUCAAUAUUGGAGGAUCCUGGCUUUCAAGGGAACAGAAUAUUUUUUUGAGUUUUCUCGAGAAGCUGGGUAUUUCUAUUGUCAACUCACGAACCAAUCCAGGGAAAAUAAUCGUUGAAUAUGAUGAUAAUAUCCAUUUACUAGAUAGUAAAUGUGACAUUAUGAACUUUUUAACAUUUUCUGAAAAGGUGCAAUUGACCAAGUUCAUCUUAAAAGUGGAAAUUAUAUGUCGGAAUAUCCGUCAAAAAAACGAACCGAAUUGGUUCAAUGAGCUGGAAAAAACGCGACUCAAAACUUUUAUUCAACGAUCUAUAAAUAGUGAAGGUUUACUCCUCAUAAUAGAUUUUAUGAUUUUUCUAUACUGUGGUGUUGAUACUUCACAGGUUUCUGCACUUUUCUACAUAUUUUUUUGCAUUUCCACCAAGGGAAUAAUAAAUCAGCUGCUGAAUGAAACAAAAAAUCUAUACGAGUUUAAGAUGAAGAACAGCUCCAAAGAUAUUUGCGAUAUACUUGCCGAUGAAAUAGGUCGUGAAUACAUUUUGAAAGAGCAACGCGUUUUGGAAAUUUCAUGCAAAGAAAAGUAUGUGGAAGUUAUAACGGACGAAUACUCUUAUUGUUGUUUCAAUGUGAUAGUUGCAGUAUCUCCUGAAGAUAUUUUGAAAAUAAAAUUCAGCCCAGAUUUGUCCAAGGAAACUCAUCAAUCAUUGACUGGCAUGUCUUCACAUCCUGUCACCACAUUUUUGGUAACUUAUCAAAAAGAAUUCUGGCAGGAGAAGCAACUUUCCGGAGAUAUUUACAUAUUCGAUAGAUUUCAUAGAAAGGGGCUGAUUGAUUUUUGUUGGAAUAUAUCGAAUUUAAACAUGCCUGUUUUGUAUGGAAGAAUUUUCACAUCAGGUGCAAUCCCGCAAAAUAAACAGGCGACAGAUAUUUAUAAAGAACGCAUUCUUGAGGAACUGAGUGAAUUUCUUGGAGAAGAAGCUUCAUAUCCUACGGAUUAUUAUGAAAAAACAUGGUACGGGAAUUCUUGUCAAAUGUUUUGUGGUCAAAGUGGGAUCAUUAUGAAUGAUGAAAAACGAAUAAACGAUAGGAUUUAUUGGGCAGGCGCAGAAACCUCUGCUGAAUGGUAUGGCCAACUGGCAGGAGCAGUCAAUUCCGGAAUCAAGGCAGCCUUGGAAGUUCUAUACGACUUACGUCCAAGCGUACUCACUACUGACGAUUUGAUUUUCCUCAGGCCGACACAAAGGAGUUUGAAAAAGUCUCCCAGGGAGUACGAAAGUCCAAUAUACUCCAUCAUGGGUUACGUGGCCAAUUGGAAGACCUACUUACCACUGAGUUUAUUGAUGAUAUUUGUACUUUGGAGAAUAAAAUUAUUGAUUAUCAACUAA